AUGGAUGGACAGCGUGCAACAAAGGGAGUGGGACAUGCCAGUGAUUGGGCAGAACUUCGCCGCGCCCUCUUUAAUGUUCACCUGUUGCUAGCACUUCAAGAGGGCAGUGUGACACAACCACCGGGGGAAGAGAAGGUCGUAGCGAGUAGGGAGGCAUCGCAACCGUUGUUGGAGCGUGGCUGUGGCAUGAAUCGGGUUCAGAGCGUCUCGCUCAUGACGCUGGAGUUGGAAGAUAGUACGGAUGCGCUUCAUUCCCAAUGCUUAGAGAAACAUGAGGAAAAGAGGGGCGUAUGUCGUGCCCUUCCGCUUCCGCCGCUUCGAUGGGCUGUUCCAUCGCAUCAGCAGCGUCUCGCGGCCUUGGAAAAGGAAAGGCGGCGGCGACAAAGGAAAAAUGCCGCGGCAGAAGGGAAACUAAACAUGUUGGGAAACACUCUUGGGAGUGGUGAUACGCGGCAGCCGUCCUCCAUUACUGGAAGUAGCGCAACUGCAAAGGUAAUGGAAUUGGAUAAAAACGUAAUGAAAGAGGAUCUUCAGGAUGGAACUGCGUCGCCCGCUCAUUCAACUCGAUCGUCCCUGACGAGAACCGGUGACCACAGCGAAUGUGAGAGCUCGCAGGAUACAUACACAGCUGCUUUCGCGUCCGUGGACGAUCACUGUCCUCGAGAGAUGCCUUCGUUCCGUUUAUCGUCGGGCAGUGACAAUUCGGACUGUCAAACCCUGUCAAGGACGAUAUCUACGCUGAGUGUCAGAAAAACCUUAGCCCCUGUUCACGAGGGUCACCGCUGCGCCUCCGUUUACCGACUUCUCGGUGCCGGAAGCAGUCUCAGCGAAGAUACCACCGCCCAUAUGGCCCAGACUGAAGUUGAGCAAAUAUGCUCUGGUGAAGCCGAGCCGUACACCUCAUACCUCUUCUCCCCUGUCGUGCGUGUAGUGGAUCUCAGUGAGGGGCGAAGCUCUCCAACGCCGCCUGGCGGGAAUGAAGACCGAAUGGCUCCUGACGGGGACCUUGAGAUGAAGGAUGGGUGUACCAGAGUGAGUUUUUCCCCAAAUGGGGAAUGCUACGUAGUAGGGACAAGGAGAGGUUUCUUGUGGCUCUUCACGACAGGUUCGCCGCCGGGUCAAAAUAAUAUCUAUGGUUACGGUGAUGAAAAAGGCGAUGGGGUUUGCCUUGACGAGGAGCCACCAGUGGAGCCCUUGAAACUUCAGGCGCACGGCGGUCCCGUUACAGACGUGACUUUUAACGACGUUGGCACACUCUUUGCUUCAGCGGGUGGGGACGCUUGUGUGAUACUGUGGAAUCAGCGCACGAGGUUGAAAGUCCGUCGUAUCAACACAGGUGGUGGUGUGCCCACCCUCGUCCGUUUUGUGCCUGAAAACAACAAUUACCUUCUUGUUUCACUCAUGCAGCACCGCCUUUUGCGGCUUUACAAUACUUCAACAGGCCGCCCCGUAACGCGCAGAGGAGCCGAGAUGCGGAUAGAAGCGUCCACUGUGGCAGUUCACUUCUGCGCCGACCCGUUCUUAUUCAUUGGUGACACAAGCGGAACCGUGAGCAUGUGGCGGUACUACUUAGGGUGUGAACACACAUGCGCUAUGUGCCCCCUUGAACCAAGGCGAAGUGGGGAAUGGCGAGAGGGCCGCGCUUCUUCCCCAGCGGUCACAGGUCUUCUCCCGCAUGGAGUCGCCUCAGGUGCUUCCUCCACAAGGGGAAGCAUAAAAGAAAGGUGUUGUCAGGUCCCUGCGGUAGUGGUGGAAAACCAGCCUUGCUUCGAAAAGGCGGGAUCGCUUCUGCUGGAAAAGGGCACGCCGGUGGGAGCACUCGCGGUGAGCACCAUGACCCAAGAGCAGCUGCGCUAUCUGAAGCGAGCCCAGCGCAUUGGGUGGAAGAUUCCCAAGCGAGGACUCUUCGGAAAGUUGAUAGAGGGAAUACUCUCUGAAGCGCUCAACCGUAACAACUCCAGCGAAUCACCCGGAGAAAUGGAUGCCAGUGACUGCUCCAAGUUGAUGUGCGCCGUGAUGUUGCUCGCGUCGUUGCCGUGCGAUCGGAUGGCCGUUCUGUGCAUUCAGGCGAAGGCAGAAGACACCCGCGAGUACACGUUGGUGCCCAUGUUGGUGGUGGACCGUGCCUGCCGCAUCCGGCACAUGAGCACUGGGGCUGCGUUCUGCACCGACAACGUGCGCUCCCCAACCUUCACAUCCACGUGCGAGGAGGGUUUUGUUCAAAUUAUCGCCUGUACUGCUGCCCGCAUGCUGCCGGUGGCAAAGGAAGAGACCGCGGCCACGGGCUCCUCCGCUGUGGUUACGCCGUGGGCUGUCAUGGCGACACUUCCAGUCCCUUGCGGCGGCAGUCCCUCCAGCCUGGCUUGGUCGCCCGACAUGCGAAUCCUUACAGCCGUGACUGAAGAAGGGAUGGUUUAUCAAUGGCGUCGCGUCCAGCUGCACCAAGGCACUACGGUUAACGAAGACAUCAAUCGUGACGCCGAUGAUGGCCUUCGGGCUUCAACGACGAGGGAUGAGGUGGAUGAGUGGCGGAGGCACUUUGAGAGGGAGAAGAAACGGCAACUGCACCGCUACCGGGCGAGAAAGAAUGCCGCCAACCAACUUGAGGACACAUCUCGGCCAUACGGCGGCCUGAAUGCCGGGAGCGGGUCGCGAACAAGUGUCGUUCAAAGCCUUUGUCAUGCAAGCAACUGA